AUGGGGAAGGAGCCAAUGGAAACUGACGAGGUGGGCAAAGGAAAUACGUCAUCUAAAACGAAAGGAUCUUGCUUCCGUCUGAGACCAGUUCCAUGUGAUGAGGCUGGUGAAGGGCUGCCUUAUGCUCCUGAGAAUUGGCCCAAUCCUGGAGACAUGUGGGGUUGGAAAGUUGGGAAACGACUAACCUACUCUGGGUGUCAUCAGGACAGGUUCCUCUACCUUCCCAAAAGCCUUUGCCAUCUUGUGGGCGCUCCUGCUCGUGUGAAGAACGGUUUCGCAAGCAAGCUUUCUGUUCGGAGAUUCCUGCAAACGCAUUUCCCCAAGGCUGAUAUUGAGGCAUUCUUUGAUUCCUUCGUCUGGAGGAUCCCUUCUAACCAGGCCUCCAUGAUCAGACUUGCGAAUAGGAAUCCUUCUCUAACUAUAACAGGAGACAUUGAUAGCGGUGCCUUUCCUGUGCCCCCUUCAGCUACUUUAGCAUGUGAUCCCCAAUCCUAUGGAGGCUGUAAGGCAGGAAAUAAGGGUUGCAGUAGUCUUGAAGAAGCAAUAGGAAGUAGUCCUCCUGUACCUUCAGUACCUUGUGAUAUUUGCUGUAUGGAGCCUGGUUUCUGUCGUGAUUGUUGUUGUAUUCUCUGUUCCAAAAUCAUUACUCCAUCACAUGGUGCUUACAAUUACAUAAAGUGCCAAUCAGUGUUGAGCCCAGGGUGCAUAUGUAGCCAUGUAGCCCACAUUGAAUGUGCUCUGAGAACUUACAUGGCAGGAACUGUUGGCGGAAGUAUUGGUCUUGAUGCUGAGUACUUUUGCCGGCGUUGUGAUGCAAAGACUGAUCUGGUUCCACAUGCUGUGAAGCUUUUACAAACUUGCAAAUUCAUGGAUUCUCGAGAUGAGAUAGCGAAAAUAUUAAAUCUUGGCAUCUGCAUCUUGCGUGGAUCUCAGAGAAAUAAUGCCAGGGAUUUGCUGAAGCGUAUUCAAUUGGCUGCCAAAAAUCUUAGUCAUGGGACUACCCUUGAAGAUGUAUGGAAAGCAGACAAUGAUGCAUCUGACAUGAACAAAAAGCAACCCUUUAUUGAUUUGGAAGCCAAAACUCCUGAUUACAAUACUGAAAUUCUCCAACUUGAUGCUGAGAUCAACGAUGUGCUCCAUGCACUGCGAGAGUCACAAGAGCUCGAGUUCAAGCUUGCAGAAGAACAACUCCAUGCUAAGAAGAGAAACCUGCAAAACCUUUAUGAACAACUUCAGAAAGAGCAUUCUGGACUAGCAUGCCUGAACUUAGAGGCGACGGGUGAUGGUGAAUUGCGGAGCACAGUGACUAGCAGGAUAGAUCAGAUAAAUUGCGAGAGAAAGAAACUCGAGCAUAUGAAAAGAGUGGCCAAUGGUUUUGGGAGGACCUCCAAACGCACUCUCAUGGAACAUUUUGGCUUGGCAGUUGAGAAGAAACCAAGCAAUGGUGUGCCAUCGUGA